AUGUACUGCCCUGUAACCCCAGCAGGAGGCCCGGCCACGCCCAGGAACGCGUUGGUCAUCAUGCCCUAGGGGCCGUACAGCUCAGUCGGCCUGUCAGUGGAGCACCGCACCUACCGCUUGGAGGGCCUGUUAGCUGUGUUGGCUAAAGAUGGACACCAGGCCAUCCUAGAGAAGAUAGAAGACUGGAAUGUGGUGGAACUCGUGGUGAAUGGAGAAGUUGUCUUCCACUGCAACAUCAAAGACUUGGAGUUUGGAGGCGAUGGUAAACUAGACCCACGGUGCAAAGAGGCCAGGAGAGCUGUACUAAAUGCCUACUGA